AUGGUUUCUUCAUCUCGAACCCGGUCUCGUUCCAUUUGUUCCUCCAGAAAUGGCACGCCUGUCGCAAGGAGACGUCUUUCUCCUAGUCACACCUUACUUAUCACCCUGUUCAACAGUGGGAUUAUGCCCCAAGAAGAACUUGAUAAGGUAGAAGGGUUGACAGCAGGUCUCUACUUCGGAAUAGGUCGUGCGAUAGCCGAGAACAAGAGGUUUCCAUCCAUCCUUUCGAGCUGCCACAAGCACCAACGGUUCAUCAAUGUCCGUGAAGGGUUUUCAUCAGACACGAUUGCAGAUGACAUCUACAGGUUGAAAGUCAUUGUUGAUCAAAGACGUUACUACGUCUGUGGGACAUAUGAUCAAGGAUCUCCUAACAAUAACGAAUCUUUGAAAACCUAUGGCGUGAAGGAGAAAUUCAAGGGCAAGAUCGCCAUAUUCUUCUACUCUGUCUAUGAGCCAGAAAGGUUCUUAGAUAAACCCAUUGCAACAUCGUUGGCAUCAACUCUUCUUCUAGUCACACCGGAAUUUGACGACGUCCCAAGAGACCUUUUUGCCUCUCGAUCCUCAAUCAUACUAGCAAACGCAAAAGUGACAUCCGUCUCAUGGAAAAGGCAACUUGAAACUGACCUGUCCAGCUUCCAUGCACUGAUAGACGACGACGUCUUCACUUGCCUCAGUCGUCGGCCACAUAACUUUCCCAUCGUGCCCUCCCGAGAGCGAAGCCUGAAUCCCAGUCCAAACUCAGCCACGCUCCUUGAUUUCUAUACACCACGCUGGGUGACUUCCUCAAUACCUUUCCUGGGAUUCGCUCCCAGCAGCAACCCAUUCAAAUUCCACUUCUUGAAAUGCCUUGACCAUGGAUUCAGUACCCUACCAAUUGAGAAAGACAGCAUGUCAAAAUCUUACGCUCUCAACAUGUCACUACAAGAAGAUUGGGACUUGUUAGAGAGAAAUAUGCAUGCAUUUCAACGUGCCUGUAUGAAGAUCAAUCGACUAGCAAUUCCUGACAAUUUUCACCUUUGGCCACUACCAAACUUUUAUGGGUAUUGUGCACAUUGGAGAACGGAAGCAGAGGCGCGUAGUGCAGGAAUGCGAUCUCGUCAAGCAUUCAUUCCUUUGAUUCCCUGUAUCUCAUUCUUCCUCCAAAUGCUGUAUCAGUUGGAAAACAAAUGGGUUGAUAUUGUCGCUUUGCACAUUCCACCUAACGGGCCCGAUUCUUUCUUGGGAAAGAGACAAAAGGAGUAUGCAGAACUUCGCCGGGGACCUGUUCCUGCAAAGUGGGAAUGGCAAGAGCUACUUCGUCGAGAAAUGUCAAUCAGCUCUGGAUGGCUUGUGUAUUUUCACCACAUGUAUUUUCACCAAAUCAUGAAUAUUCCAAGGGUCAGUGCAUUUGUUGAUGUGCACAAUUCUGGGUUUCUUCCCUGGCUCCCUGUGUUUCUUGAUUCCAAAAUGCCUGUGAUGCUAUACUGGGGUCAAAUUCAUAAUUGGUCUGUCCCGAAAAUUUCCAACUUUGUGAUACCGUUUCCCAAUCCCAUCACGUUUCCAAUUCCCGAUUCUACCACGGUUGACAUGCUUUCUGCAACACAGACUCCUUAUCCGCCACCGUCAGAAGACCAUUCUUUCAACAAAACAGAAGGAUCUACUCAUAAGCCUAAAUUGCGUUAUCCACGUAUUACUGGUGGAAGUCUUCCCCGAAAUAAUGAGGACCCAUUUGCAUUCAUCCAACGCAGGGAAGCCCAUAGACUCAAAGUCAUUGCAUCUGAGGCCACAUCUGAACAUCAGUCUCGCUUACAGCAGGAAGAAAAUGCUAGGAGGGAUCGACCUCCAGGUAGAAAAGGUGCUCGUGUCUAUUACUGGGAUCUUGUAGAAGGGAUCAGGGUGUGGACAGCGGUAGGAAGGAGGAAUUAUGAGGAUAUCUGGGAGAGAUAUGGCCUGAUUCUGUUGCUGAUGAAUGGGAGAUUUGCACGGACCUGGAUCCUGACGGCGGUUGUGAUUUAG